AUGAGCGGUGGUGAUGUACGAUUCUGGAAUAGUGAAGACUGUGAUUUAUUUGGCGAAAGUGGACGAUUUGGUCGCGGACACUUGCAACUUCAAAUUUGGCCAUAUUCUGAUGAGAUUAACAUACAGGCUAAGCAGGGAAGGGGAUUGAUUGCAAAUAUCACUACACAGUUCCAAAACCGUAACCAACCAAUCAUGGGGUUCCCAAGACAAACCAGAAUUGAUGCUCUGUCAAUUGAUGCUCUGCGGGCUUGGACUGCGAAGGAAGACAUUCGAGAUUCUGUGUUGAAAGAAAUGGGGAUGGUUUUGGAAGCAGUACCUAUGAUUUCGAAGCGCAGUAUUGAUUUUGUGAUUUGCAGCAAGACUAUUAGCUGUGCAAAAAGCGGACCAGACCAGAGUCAAUACUACAUUUACAAGCCAGAAGAUAAUUCUUAUGUAUUACAUAGGAAACCCCAACAUUUGAUUGGAAUUCGUGAAUUGUAG